UUGGUUUAUCUUAUUAGAAAUCUUGGGCUGAUUAUGAAGACAUGAUCGUGGGAAGAGAUUUGGCAAAGUGUGUGGUGCAAGAAUGGAAAGAAUCAUAUGCAAAUUGAAGCAAAUCUUCAAUCAAUAAUUCAGCCUUUCAAAUCUUUGAUUCUUUCCCAAAAUAAAUAACCUAAUUCAAUCAUAUAUAAACAAACGAAAACAACUGCAAACGGGGGAUGGUAUUUUGGCCGCUGCAAAAAUCAGAUUCGAUAACAAAAAUUCAAGAACAGGGUGGGGUCGGUUCUGAAUAUUGGGGCAAUUUCAAAGGGUUUUGAAGAUCCCUUCGCCUUCCCAUAGGAUUUCUGAAGCUAUCCAAACAUCCUCCAAGUCUACUCACGCUCAGAAUCGCGCCAUUAUUGGUCUCGCUUUGCACGAAUUCUUUCGAUUCCGAUUUACAUGAUACACGUUCAAUGAAUUGAUUUUAAUCCUAUAUUCGUGUUUAGACUGAGGUUUAUGAGCUUUCUGGAGAUUUAAUUUGGUUUUGGUGUUUGUUUGCAAGAAUCACCAUAGUUAGGGUUUCGGUUACACAAAUUGGGGCCUGUAGGUUAGAGGAAGAAUUAACCAAAAUUAAUAGUUCCAUUGGUUUCGCAGUGUUAUAUACAUUUGGUCUGGAUUAUUAUUUGAUGUUUAUUGAUGAUGGUUUGCAUGUUUGAAUGUGGGAGCUUUACGGCCACACUUGAAAAACGUUGCCAUAGGGUUCACUGUUUCAGAAAAACGACGCGAGGAAGAAGACCAGCUGGGGGCGCGCGCCUCGUUUUCAAAAUCUUCACAUAUUUUUUUUUAUUAUAUAUCGUUUUGUGUAUUACACUAAAUAGUAAAAAGCGCAGCUGGAAUGGCGAAGAAGAUAUGAGGAUAACCAUGCAGAUCCCAGUUCGAUCCCCAGCGCUGCCAAAUUCUUUUACCAAUUUUUGGUUUUCGUUGAUCUAGUGCAAGCGUCUCACGCGAGACCACGGUAAGCCCUCACGCAUCAACCCUCACAUCUCUCCCAUGGUAGAUCUCACGCACCUGAACGCAGUAGCACACCAUGAACCCUCAAGGAACCACUACACAGAAUUAAUACCCAGGAAAAAUAUGGCUAGUUUGGGAUCAACAUCAACUUAUUUAGAUAGUAGUUCGAGACUACUUAUGGAUUCCUUUAAGGAGAUAUUUUUAUGUAGGUGUGGGGUCUUACACACUGUCAAUUUUCAAAUAAAAUUGACUCAUGCCCACCCGCUUAAAUUUACGCAACACAAUUUGUUAGCGAGUCACCUUGUUACGUAUGUUCUAGUGCGUAGGAAGUGGCAGUCAACCCGGAUCAGACUUGCCGCAAUGUUGUACGUUCACCAGGAAUCACAUCUUGUGCAGCACAUCCGUUAUUGAACGCAAUUGUUGCAGGAACUAAUAGAAGUUACAUAAGGUUGAUCACAAACAAGAAUUCAUGUGAAGUGGAACAGAAAUGCAAGACAUUCUUUUAAACAUUGAUGUUGUCAUUUAGAUAUUAUGAAUUCUUUCACGUGUGUUUUAACACCCUGUAAAACUGCACAUGAUUUAUAUGACAUGGUGUAAAAUUGCAAAUGAUUUAUGUGGAUUGGUCACACCACAUUUUCCUUAAAUCAAGGUUAGGUUUUUGUUUUGUCGUUGUUCUUUGAAAAUGAAACAAUUUGGUAGAUACUUAACCUUGUAAAUGCACCUCACCCUGUAA